GUUACUACUGCCACCGUUGCAAUUUGUGCAUGUCUUAUUUACCUCUGGAGAGUUGUCCUUGCUUUAAUUUACGGCAAAAAAACUGCAAAGUUCAACACGUUGGAGAAAGAAACCACAGAGCUGGCUGAAGCAAUAUCCAUGUGGGAACAGAAGUCAGAAGAUGCAAACAGUCAAUUGGAGGAACUGAGAGCCUGGAGGUCCAAUAAAUGUGAACCGGAAGAAAGGAAAAAGGCCCUGGAAGACAAGUGUAAUGCUUUGAGGUCUAUGAAAGCAAUCAGGGAAGCAAAAGCCAAAAAUCUGAAGGAGGAAGUAUGCAUCCUUGAUAAGUUCUAUGAAGAAAGAAAAAUGGCUAUAGCAAAGAAUCUGGAUAUGACAAACUGUGAACUAGUGGCAAUGAAGAAUCAGAUGGCAACUGCAGAGGAAAAUCUGAAAAUAGCUACAAGGGACUUACACAAGUGCAAACAGCAAAUUGAACAAACACGAGAACAGGUGCAGAAGGCAGAACUCACCUUCACACACCAGGCCGCAGUUUAUGAGCGUAAUGCUCAGGACAACCUGAUCAAGACUCGGAUCUGGGAGAGGAAAAUGGUGGAGCAGAGCCGAGAGGUCGCCCGCUUGAAACACAGACUGGAUGUGAUGGAAGGAAAGAGGCUGCUUGAGGGAUACAGGAGGCAGAGACCAAUGCCUGGAAGUCCAGAGAUGCAGAACCCUGCGAGGAGAGAGCCUUUAGCCGAAGCUGAUGUCACUCCCAUGAGUCACAACUACAAGCAGUCUACCAACAAUGCUGAGAAGGACAAGGGCAGUGUGGAUCCGUGGCGACCUCCUCCAUCAACUGGAAGAUUCUGCCCACCCUACUAUAGAGGCCACCCUUUGAUCUGGGCACAUCCACCUCCUGUACAAGGUUUGGGACCAUCCCGAACCCCUCCACCUGCACCACUUGGGCCUUUUGCAGAUCCACAUGUUGCUUCUGUGAGUAACAGCAACAAUGACUCUACCAAAGGGACCACGAAUGACAAGGGCAGUGUGGAUCCGUGGCGACCUCCUCCAUCAACUGGAAGAUUCUGCCCACCCUACUAUAGAGGCCACCCUUUGAUCUGGGCACAUCCACCUCCUGUACAAGGUUCGGGACCAUCCCGAACCCCUCCACCUGCACCACUUGGGCCUUUUGCGGAUCCACAUGUUGCUUCUGUGAGUAACAACAACACUGACUCUACCAAAAGAAUCACGGAGGACAAGGCCAUUAUGAAUGCAAGAGGGCCUGGUCCUUCCCCAGGAUCGCCUUGCAGGCUGUCUCCCAUGGACCACCCUUCACCACCAGUCACGGGCUAUGGGCCACCUCCGCCUCCUCCACCAGCUCCUCCACGUACUAAAUUUGGUUUGCGUCUCCGAAAGUUCCCUCGCAAUCUCCUGAGGUUUUGCCUGUGUUCCUGCUGUGUCAGCUCUAACACCAGCUCUCGGCGGUCAUCUCAGAGCCUCAGGAGAAUGUGAAAUUUGAAGAGGACCCUGAACUGUGACCACUGGCUGUGGUGAUGUGAUAUAUUUAGAAAAGUUGUCUGAUAUGCGUAUUUGACUGAAUUCUUUCCCUGACCAUUCCUGUCCCCUCUAUUUUGUUUUUCCUUGUUUCCCCUAAUAAAUCCAUCACAGUUCUGUA